AUGUUUGGCUCAAUUAUUGAUGUUCUUGAUACUAUCGUUGUUGAUGCCCGGACUUUAGAAGAAAGAGCUAAGGCAAAGGGAUAUCUUAGCACUUGUCAAACAUUUGAGGUUGCUUUCAUGUUGCACCUAAUGAGAGAUGUUUUGGGGAUCACAAAUGAGCUUAAUACAUCCUUACAAAAAAAGGAGCAAGAUAUUGCAAAUGAUAUUCUACUUGUUGAAGUGGCAAAGAAACGGUUGCAAAAGCUAACAGAAGAAGAAAGGGGUUUACUUAUUAAUAAGGUGUCUGCAUUUUGUGUCAAAUAUAUGGUUGAAUUGUAUCCUGGCGAUUUUGAUGAGAAUAUAAUGGUUACGCUCAAGAAUCAACUUGAAACUUAUAUUGUUGAUGUUCGUCAUUUUGAUGAAAGGUUCUCAAAUCUACAAAGACUUGUUGAUCUUUCUGAAACACUAGUUAAGACAAAGAAUCAUUUGAAUUAUCCGUUUGUGUUUCGCCUUGUGAAAUUUGCUUUGCUUCUACCAGUUGCCACUGCUACAGUUGAAAGAACUUUCUCGGCGAUGAAGUUGAUCAAGAGUGAAUUGCAAAACCGAAUGAAUGACGAAUUCAUGAGCGGUUGUUUGGUACCUUGUGUAGAAAGAAAAAUAUUUAACACCAUUUCUGAUGAGACUAUUAUGAAUACAUUCAGGAAAUGA